AUGGCGCUGCCUGAGGAAAGGGCGCCAGCAGAUCACACCUUGGAGACUGCCUCGGCUUCAGAACUGAAGCAACAAAAUAACCAUAGCCCGCCUGUUGAGCAGCAAGACCCUUUCAGUGGGCUUUCUUUCAAGGUAGGAGUGGCAGAGAAUAAAAAUGCCACCUACAGAGCUAAGAUGGAAGAUGUGCACACGUAUGUCGCCAACUUUGCUGAGAAGCUUGACUGGGGCUACUUUGCCAUAUUCGAUGGCCAUGCCGGGAAAUCGACAGCUCGUUGGUGCGGCAACAAUUUGCAUACUUUGAUUGAGCAGGAAUUGCUAGCGAAGGAGGCUCUGGCCAAUUGUGGCCUGGGUGCUUCUCCAGCCCACCUCUGUGAUGUCAAAGAUGUGUUUCAUAAUGUAUUCGUGAAGGCUGACGAACUCAUCGAAGAAGAGGGCAGUGGAUCUGCUGGCUCGACUGCUGCUGUGGCCAUAUUACGCUGGGAGUCUACCGAAGAGCUGGCAGAACUGGGGAAACUGAAUCCCCCAAAACCUGGCAAGAAGUUUGAUUUUGUUCCAGGGCCACAUCACAAGCGAAUGUUGUAUACAUCAAACGUCGGUGACCUGCGAAUUGUCAUUUGUCGGGCCGGAAAAGCUUACAGAUUGACCUAUGACCACAAAGCCUCUGACCCCAGUGAGAUAGACCGAGUGAGAGACCGUGGUGGUCUCAUAGUCAAAAACAGAGUCAAUGGCGUCUUAGCAAUUACUAGGUCAUUGGGAGACUCGUAUAUCAAGAACCUUGUUACUGGCAAGCCAUUUACCACAUCCACUGAAAUAACCCCCGAGGAUGAAUUUCUAAUAUUAGCCUGUGAUGGUGUGUGGGAUGUGAUUAGCGAUAGCUUCGCCUGCAAAUUUGUCGCCGAUAUUUUCAAACAGCAAGAACAAAACAAGGAACCCAUCGAUCCUGCGAAAGCUGCCAAAAGGUUAUGCCAGCUCGCUAUCGACAAUGCUACAACUGACAACGUCACUGCAAUGGUUGUCAAAUUUGAUUCGAGCGUAUUGAGCGCUGACUAG